AUGACGCCGACGACGACCCCGGACGAGGAGACGAGGAGGAAGCCUCCGCCGGCGGGGUUCAAGGAGGAGCUUCCCGAGCGCGUCAUCGCGGCGUCGCGCCGCCCCGACGGAUCGAUGCGCAAGGAGAUACGCGUGCGCGCGGGGUACGUGAACCAGGACGAGGUGCGGCGGUACGUCGUCAGAGGCGCGAGGGGUCGCGGCGACGCCGCGGGCGGCGGCGGCGGCGGCGGAGGGGGAGCGGGCGGCGUUCCCGGAGCGUUCGCGGAGGAGGCGAAGAGCGACGCCGCGAGGAAGAACGCGAGGAAGAAGGCGGCGAAGAAAGAGAAGGAGAAAGAGAAAGAGAAGGACGCGAGAGCGAAGUCGGGCGAGGGAGGAGACGAAGAGAAGAAGACGAAGACGACCCCCCCUGCCGCCGCCGCCGCCGCCGCCGCCGCGCCCGAGGACGAGGACCCGGCGCGCGCGCUCUCGAAACGCGCGCGCGCGGCGAAGAAAAAGGUCAGGGCUUGCGAGGACCUCGCCGCGAGAGCGCGCGACGGCGCGGAUCUGGACGACGACCAGAGAGCGAAGCUGGAGAAGAUGGCCGCGUUCGCCGCGGAGGCGGAGGCGCUCGAGCGACAGCUGGCGGCGCUCUCCACCGGCGGCGGCCGCGACGCGACGACCGGCGCCGGCGCGACGCUCGCGCGCCCCUAG